CUUCAGUAGCGCCGCGAGCUCUCAGUCAGCGCAGAACAGAGCAGCGGCCAAAAUAACCGGACUAACAGCAUCAUCAUCUUCAUCAUCUUCAUCAUCGUCAGAUAUAAAUGCCUGGAUUUCUUUCUUUUCACUCUGUGGAUUAUGAAUUUUUUUUAAUUCUUCUCUGAACACAAUUCUUUUUUCGAACUCAUCAUAGGAAUGUGCGCUCGUGCAAGAUCAAAACAUCUACGUCGAGUGUGAAGCCAAAGCUUAGAAUUUUGUUUAGUAUUUUUUAUUUAUUUUUCUUCGUGUUGUUUGUGAUGUGAGACGUUUGCACCGGUACAACGGACAACAUGAUUUUCAGGCUCUGAAGGAAAAAAAAAACAGGGACAUCACUCCGGUCUGUUCCGUGAUGACUGCUGCUGUGUUGCGCGCGGCUCUGCGGGGGUAAUUUUUAUCACCCCCCUCCCCCGUCCCCCCUACAAGUUCUGCAUAUUUUUUUUUCUACAUUUCUAUUUGUAUUUUUGUAUUUAUCUCUGCGGAUGAAUUAAGUAGACAUGGAGAUGCUCUUGCUUUGGCUCGCGCUGUGUCUGGCGCACAGGGUCGCCUCGCAGAUUCGUUACUCGGUACCGGAGGAGACGGAACGUGGCACGUUCGUGGGCAACAUCGCCGAGGACCUGGGGCUGGACCUGACCAAACUGGCUUCCCGCCGUUUCCAGACGGCACCGGGCUCACGCGGGAGCCCGUACCUGGACGUGAACGUGGAGACCGGCGCGCUGUUGGUGCGCGAGCGCAUCGACCGGGAGCGCGUGUGUAAGCAGAGCGCGUCCUGCGUGCUGCACCUGGAGGUCUUCUUGGAGGAUCCGCUCGAGCUCUUCCGAGUGGAAGUCGAGGUGACGGACGUGAACGACAACGCACCGAGCUUCCCGGAGAGCGACGUCACGGUGGAGAUCAGCGAGAGCGCCACGCCCGGGACACGCUUCCCGCUGGAAGCAGCCUUCGACCCGGACGUGGGCAGCAACGGGCUUAGGACGUACGAGAUCACAGCAAACGGUCACUUCGCGCUGGACGUGCAGACGCAAACGGACGGAAACAAGUUCGCAGAGUUGGUGCUCGAAAAGCCUCUGGACAGAGAACAGCAGGCGGUGCACCGCUACGUGCUCACGGCGGUGGACGGCGGGCAACCGGCGCGUACGGGCACAGCGCUUUUGGUGGUGCGCGUUCUCGACUCGAACGACAACGUGCCAACGUUUGACCGGGCCGUGUACUCGGCGAGCCUGGCCGAGAACGCGCCCGCGGGCACGCUGGUGAUCCAGCUCAACGCCACCGACUCGGACGAGGGCUCAAACGGCGAGGUGGUUUACUCAUUCGGCAGUCACGUGUCGAGCCGCGCGCGCGAGCUGUUUGACGUGGACGCGCGCACGGGCCGCAUUGAAGUGCGCGGCGAGGUCGACUUUGAGGAAAGCAGCCUUUAUCAGCUAUACGUGCAGGCCAAGGACAUGGGGCCGAACGCCGUGCCCGCCCACUGCAAAGUGCUCGUGAAAGUCACGGAUGUCAACGAUAAUGCGCCUGAGAUCGCCUUCAGCACCGUGACGGAAUCUGUAAGCGAGAACGCAGCACCAGGCACCGUGAUCGCGCUGCUCAGCGUCACUGACAAGGACUCUGGAGAUAACGGGAGAACGCGCGUGGAAAUCCUGGGCGACGUGCCGUUCAGACUCAAGUCAGAGUUUGGGAACUACUACACUGUGGUCACCGACGGCCCUCUAGACCGCGAGGUCGCCGAGGCAUACACGGUGACGGUGACGGCGCGUGAUGGGGGCGCGCCGCCGCUCUCCUCGAGUAAGUCCGUGGAGGUGCGCGUCUCGGACGAGAACGACAACGCACCCACGUUCUCGCAGCCCGUUUACGACGUGCACGUCACAGAGAACAACGUGCCCGGGGCUUACAUUUACGCCGUGAGCGCACGGGAUCCAGACGCCGGAGAUAAUUCCAGAGUGACCUAUUCCGUUUUGGAUCGCGACAUCAAGGGUAUGUCCGUGCUCACGUACGUGUCAGUGAACACAGAAAACGGCUACCUGUACGCACUGCGCUCAUUCGACUACGAGCAGCUGAAGGAGUUCAGCUUCACGGUAGAGGCGCGGGACGCAGGAAGCCCUGAGCUGCACUCAAACGCCACCGUGCACGUGGUUGUAGUGGAUCAAAAUGACAACGCACCGGCAGUGAUCGCGCCUCUGGGCAAAAACGGGACAGCCAGAGAGCCUUUGCCGCGCUCAGCCGAACCUGGCUACCUGGUCACACGUAUAGUCGCCACGGACGCAGAUGACGGUGAGAACGCACGUCUUUCAUACAGCAUCCAGCGCGGGAACGAGGACGGUUUAUUUCGCAUGGACUGGCGCACGGGGGAGUUGCGCACGGCUCGCAGGGUGUCUGCAGCCAAACGGGACGCGCAGCAGCACCAGCAGAGAAGCCUGUACGAGCUGCUCGUGGAAGUGCGCGAUCACGGCCAGCCUCCUCUCUCGUGCAGCGCCGUAGUUCAGGUCGCCCUAGUGGACGGACUUCCAGCGGCGGCCUCAGCUGAGGGACGCGGAGGAGGAGGAGAACGUGAGCGCGGUGGCGCGGCCCGAGCCAAAGACGCGAGUCUUGACCUCACUCUCAUCCUGAUCGUUGCUCUUGGCUCGGUGUCGUUCGUCUUCCUACUCGCCAUGAUCGCCCUCGCCGUGCGCUGCCGCAAAGACAAGAAGCUGAACGUGUACGCGGGCUGCAACGCGUCGUGCUGCUUCUGCUGCGGGCGACAGGCGCGUUCGUCCCGCGGUGUCAGCAGCGGCAACGGCGUCAGCAAGAAGAAGCAGAAGAAGCAGAAAAAACUCAGCAAGUCGGACAUCAUGCUGGUGCAGAGUGCCAACUCGGCGGAUGUGAGCGCGCACACUGGAGUUGGCUGUGGAGUCGGGAGCGCGCAGGUGCCCGUUGAGGAGUCCGGAAGCUUCGGUUCUCUGAGACGCGGCCAGAAUUAUUGCUAUCAGGUCUGCCUCACUCCCGAGUCCGCCAACACUGACCUGCUCUUCCUGAAGGCAUGCGGAACGGGAGCGAGCCGCGCGGCCACGGACACCGAGCACAGCCCUCGAGGGGGGAUACACACAGCGUACACAGAGCAACAACAACCGGACAUCAUCUCCAACGGGAGUCUUCUGUCCAGCGAGACGAAGCACCAGCGUGCCGAACUCAGUUACCUGGUGGACAGGCCGAGGCGUGUGAACAGCUCGGCCUUCCAGGAGGCGGACAUCGUGAGCUCCAAAGACAGUGGACAUGGAGACAGCGAGCAGGGAGACAGCGAUCAUGAUGCCACGCAUCGCGGGCACUCCUCCGGAGCGGAUCUAUUUUCGAACUGCACGGAGGAGUGUAAGGCGCUGGGCCACUCGGACCGCUGCUGGAUGCCCAGCUUCGUGCCCACCGAGUCUCGGCAGGGCGCCGACUACCGCAGCAACCUGCACGUGCCUGGCAUGGACGCCGUGCCCGACUCUGAGGUAUUUGAGGGUGACGCGUUCACGGGCGAUCAGUCAUUCUCCACGUUCGGCAAAGAGCCGCUCCACACAUACCAACACCAACAGCACCUCCAAGCCUCCACGCUAGACACCAGAGAGCUCCAUGCGCUCCUGUCUAACUCGCGCACGCCUUACAAAGCCAACUAUCUGUCGCGGAAAAGGAUUUGUUAGCUCGUUCCGCGUGGACAUCCCAGAGACAGCGUGAUUUUUGCACAAUCAGUCCAACUGACGGAGAGACAGCGUCAUGUUUCGAGCAUCGACUCAGACUCUACUUCCUGAAGUGUGUAUACUGAGGGCAGACGCAGAGCCCCCCCUCCCCUCCCGGGGGGCCCCCCCGAAAGACACAGAGACGGAAAAACCCGAAUUUCAGGAGAGAUGCCCGAACACACUUCUCAGCGGGACUGAGACGGAUUUAAGAAAAGAAAAAAUAUGAAAAAUUCACACACGUGAGGACCGGAGGAUGAGGACAGCGAAGGACAAUCGCUUCUCUCGGAAUCCUGCGUGUGCCUGUUUACAGCGCUACUGUACAAACGAGAAAACAAAACAAAACAACAAUGGAGAUAUUCAACGAGCCCUUUAGAUGUUUGUACACACACACACACACACACACACCACCGGGAAGCCAACUGUACAGGAAACUUUGUGCAUUACAAAUGCAAUAUUACUCUUUUAGACAUGACUGUUUUUUCUAUUUCGUACGUGGGCGUGCGUGUGUGCGUGUGCGGUCAGGUGUUUUUUCCCUAAAUCUGUACAUUUUUUAAUUUUUAUUUUUAUUUUUUCCGGAAAGCAGCGUACCGAGCGGAGCUGUCCUCCGUUUUCUUUUUUUUAAUUUCAUUUUAAUAUUAUUUUUUAAAUAUUAUUUUUUUAUUUUUUUAGUUGAUGUUUGUUUGUUUUUUUGUUGUUGUUUUUAGGAGAGCGGUGGCCUAAAAUCGUACUCUUUCAGACAUUGCGUAGGUUAUAUCACGUGUGAGAAGUCUCAAUUGUAAUCUUUUAAGCUUCAAAAAUAAAUAUAAAUCUAUAUCUAUAAAUCUAUAUAUAUAUAAUUAUCCUCUUUUUAUUAUUUUUAAUUUUUUUUUUUUGGAAAGUGUGCUCUCCAUAUGCGGUUUAGUGUCCCGGGAAUUCGUCCGUCCCGGGAAGUUUGACGUUUGACGACGGAAAGCCUUAUCUCUACACUUCUCCACACACACACCCAUCCUUUUACACUUUUGGAUAUUCAUCAGAUAUUCAUGUUUAAAAACAAAAAAAGUAAAAAAAGUAAUAAUCUAGAUUGGAAAACAUGGUAUUUCUGUGUUAUUGUAGCCAAAAAAAAGUCUGUUUUAAAGUGAGAGGCCAAAUACGGAAGGUGCAGCAAGUGCAACACACACACACACCACACACACCACACACACCACACACACACACCACACACACACACCACACACACACACCACACACCAAACACACCUUAUUGCCGAAGGUGACCAAUAAACUGACGAGUGUAUACUGUAAUCUUUAA